GAUGCCACAACAAUACGCGUAAGCGCGCGCGACCGCUCGCACCGACCGAUACGUUUUCAAAACAAAAUACCCAUUCGAUUGUUGCAAUUUGAAAAAUCUACCACAAAACGACCAAACAGACGGCAGAAUUCACAAACAGUGCAACCGUGGACUCGAAACGUGCAGUGAAUGUCGAUUUAACAGUGAUUUUAUCAAAGAUGUAGUUGAUGCUGUGAAGGUGUUCGAAUUACGUUUGGAUUGCACUUGAAUUACGAUGCGUGUGUUUGUAGCAAUUAACGUUUGUUGCAACGAUCGCCGUGGUCACAAUGGCCGUCCAGUUUCCAGGGAACCCAAACUCAGAAAUGUCAGCAGACGAAAAAAGUUUAAACAGAGAAAACAAAACACUAGAACAGUCUGACGAAAGCGGGCACGAAGUAGAAACAGACCUAGAAGAUAAGGACAAAAAGUAUUUAGAUUACGCAAUGAAAACCAUUCUAGAUCCUAAUUCGAUAAUAAUACAAAAGAACGAUGAAAUUGAAGGUUUCAAAAUUAAAUUAGAACAAAUGGAUACAGAAAAUAUAACGCUUGAAGCUUUCAUGGAAGAAAUGGACAAGCUAAGUUUAGAUAUUUGCAAAACUUCACAACAAGCGCUAUGGUCUUACGUCACUGACAUCAAUAAUGAGGGAAAGAAGAAUAGAAUGGUUCGUAUAGCUGCCGAAGAAGAUGAAAUAAAAAAGCAAUAUUGGAAUAUAUUGAAGAAGAAAUAUUUGAAUGAUGAUCAGAUGUCGAAUGAUAAGCUAAAACGGAAGUUACGUAUUAUCAAAGAGCGUGGAACGAACGUUCAGAUGCCCCAAAGCAAGCAAAGAGAAGAAAUAGAUACAAUGCAGCGAAUAUGGAGUCGAGUGACCGUGUGUGCAUACAACGUAAGUUGCGUAUCAGAAGAUUCGGUGCGGACUAUGAGUGAUGUUAUCGCAGUAUUCAAAACUAGUAACGACACAAAAGAACUAGCUUACUAUUGGAAGGCGUACCGCGAUACGACAGGCAAGAAAAUCAGGCCGAUAUUCAAAGAUUAUGUGACGCGAAUGAAUAGAGUUGCCGAAUCUGAGAAUUUCACUGAUGCGGGAGACAUGUGGCGUUAUGCAUUUGAAGACGACCACUUUGUAGAAACAGUGGAUAGAAUUUGGAAAGAAAUAAAACCUCUUUACGAUCUGCUACAUGAUUAUGUGCGAGUUAAAUUAACAAAGUAUUACAAAGAAGACCUACAGAAGAAUGAUAAUUUGAUACCGGCUCAUAUUUUAGGUAACCUCUGGGCUCAGGAAUGGCAAGCUAUUUACCCAAAAGUAGCAAUUUACCCUGAAUUUGUGAAACCUAAUCUGAAGAAUGAGACUAUUCAUUCUAAAGACCUGUUCAAUGCUGUCGACGAGUUUCACCAGUCUCUUGGGUUUGAGAGUGCCAAGGAUUCCUAUCAGGAUAUAAAGGAAACAAUGGCUACUGCCAACUGCCUUCCAUCAAGUCAUGACAUGUGUGAUGGUGUAAAUUACAAGAUAAAGUGGUGCGGCGAAAAAGUAACUGACGUAGUGGUGGGACUAUCACGAGCUGCAAGGCUGUUGGGACACGUGCAGUACUUCAAACACUAUCGUAACUUGCCUCCGCUUUAUAGAGAUGGCCCCAAUCCUGCUUUCCACGAUGCCAUAUCUGACAUCGUAGCUGUUCAGCUAACCUCACCAGCGCAUCUGAAGAGUCUGGACCUGGGAAGAGUUGAUACAGGUCCAGAAGUGACUCUGAACCAUCUGCUCUGGGUGGCUUUGGAGAAGUUCCCACUGAUGGCCUACGCGUACGUGCUGGACAAGUGGCGGUGGGACGUUUUUGGGAACAGCAGCUUGGAAAACUGGAAUCGGCAUUGGUGGGACUUAAGAAUCAAAGAGACUGGGGUGUCACCGCCUGUACCACGGAACGAGAGCGAUCUAGAUCCUGCAGCUAAAUACCACGUAGUUUCCCACGUCCAAUACAUUACGUACUUGGUGUCUCACGUCCUCGAGUUCCAAAUCUUGAUGUCCCUGUGCAGACGUGCCAACCACACCGGGCCUUUGCACGAGUGCUCGAUAUAUGGCGUCAAGGAAGCAGGAAAACUGCUGAGUGAUGGUAUGUCGCUGGGAGCUAGUGAAGAUUGGCGAACCGUACUGAAGGUGAUGACGGGUGAUACAGAACUAUCAUCAGCUGGUAUCCUAGAGUACUUUUCAGCACUUCGAGAUUUCCUGAAGGAAGAAAAUAAAAAUCUUCUACUAGCAGAAGUUGAAGAUAUGGACCAAAGUGCACCGAUAAUUGUAGGAGCAGUAGUUGUGAUAUUGACGAUAAUUAUUAUAGUAAUUUAUUGUGUAAGGAAACAUAAUGUAGGCGGUAAGGUUCUAUCAGUAUGCGGUUUGAGUAAAAACGGUUCACUGGAUAUUGUAACAAACGAAACACCUCAAGGCAAAAGUAAUGAAGUGGAAGGAAUAAGCGAAGAAAAAGUGUGAAUAUUUAUUAAAAGUGAAAUGACUGUGCAACUUGCUGAAACUAGAGCUUGAUGUAUUAAUCUAAAAGUUGUGAGACAUGUAGAAUCACACCAUAUUGUAAAUCGUUAAAACUUUUUGAAAUAAUUCACUGUACAAGGUACUAAACCUUAAUAAAUGACGAGUAAAGGUUGUAUUAAAAAAUGGUUGUUAACAAAAAUAUUCUUUAUAACCUUGACCGUUAUGAGAGAACGUCUGUUAAGGGUAUGCGUAAAUUGUCUUCAAUGUAAAUAUAAGGCUUUACUCUCACGUAUGAUUUUGAUUUUCGUAAAUUACUUUUUAUUUAAACCUUAAUCUGUUACUAAAUUAGACGACAUUUUAAGCUUACAAAAUGGACAUAAUAAAGACAUGAGGUUUAGUUUCAUAGUUUUCAAAUUCAUCUGUAAUGUAAGCCUUAGUUGGCAAUAUAGCAGAAAAAUGCAAUUCUUAACAUGGAAGUAGUGCAAGUUAAAAUCAAAAUAAUUUUCAAAGAUUAUUCUAUAAUAGCAGUGAAUUCUCAAGUCUUAACUCUGUACGAGGCGUUAUAUCUACCUACCUACUUAAAAUUACCCUUUUUUGCGUUGUAAAAUUUCCAUUAUCUUAAGUCAUAAGUAUUGAAUUAUACCUAGUCUGGUCAUAAGUUCUGUCACAUGAUCAUAACUUUUGAAUUUUGAAUGAAGGUCCCAAAAAUAUUUAUUGAAUUAGAAUUUAGAAUAUUUAACGAAAUUAAAAAUGUGCACUGUUUUGAA